UUCAGAACGACCAGUUUAUUGCAUACAGUCUAGUUCCUUUCUGGGACUACCAAGUAGGUAGUAGUUCCCAACUUCCGUGCAUCAUGGUUGGGAUCCCAGGCAAAUCCAAAGGCUGUCACACCUGCAGGAGGCGCAAGAUCAAAUGUGACCUACAAAGGCCAAGUUGUGUGCGAUGUAUGCAGAGUGGGAGAGUGUGUGAAGGGUACAAGCGCGGCCCGGUCUUCCUUAAUCGAACGGCUCAAGGCUGGCAGAAGAGAUCCCGGCUUGAAGAAGUAUUACCCCGGCAUGAUGCGCCACAGGUCCCCCCGGGGGACGAUCUGAGGACUUUCCAACAACAAUCACAAUCACGUCCCGAACUCUACCGGGCGCUAUAUCGGCCCCCGCUGCAAGUGAAUCCAUCCAGUGCAAUAAAGGCCCAAUUCCAAAAUAUUUUUAUAGAAAGCUAUCUUCCGUCAAAUCCAAAAGUAGGACCAGGUUUGACACAAGUUUGGCUCUGGGAGGCUAUACGCGUCAACAAUCCAGGAAAAGCGUUGGAGUACUCACUCCGUGCGCUUUGCGUUUCCCGUGUCGGGAGAAUUAACCGUGAUCAAGAUUUGAUCUUGAAAGGUAACGCUACCUAUGGUUUGGCCUUAAAAGCACUCCAUAGGUCUCUCGAGUCCCAGGAGCUCGCUGGUAAAGAUGACACACUUGCUGCCUGCCUUAUCUUGUCCAUCUACGAGCUUUUCGAGUCAACGACCAAUUCGACAGAAGGUCAUGAGAAUCACAUAAGUGGCAUCGAGCGUCUUGUUGCGUGGCGGGGCCCAGGGCAACACAGCUCGCCAUUAGCCAAGGCGUUGCUAAAGAACGUCGUUUAUACAUCAAUGGUCAAGGGUUUACAGUAUCGCAAAGCAUCAAUUAUCAAAGACUUGAUUGACAAAACCCAAUGGUGGGACAUACAAGGAGAACUUUUUGCCAAAGGACAUACUUUGGCAGCGCUUCUUGAAACACUUGAUCGAUCCAUGAAUUCCGGUGAAGUCGAUGCGGCUGCCGCAGCUAAGUACAUAGAGCAAUGUUGCGAAUUGGACUCUGACUUCCAGAACUGGUAUCGCCAACUGCUCAAAGAGUCACCUUCGCCAAUGUAUUGGAAGUCGGGACCAUCCGGAAAGGAGCCCGAGAUUUUGUUUGCUAGUCUCUACCAUGCGCAUCUCAUGCUCGAUUUCUGGGCUUUAAGGCUUGCUCUGAGCACCACGAUUGAUAUCAUUUGCAGUCGAGCACCAAAGGAGAUUCCUCUCCCAACACGCAAUACCGUUGAGCAUCUCAAAAACGAACACGGUAGCUCUCGACAAAUCAAUCUAGCAACUGACAUUAUGCUAUCACUACAGUACUGUAUGAAUGAUGAAUAUGGUCUUGCCAGCUCACAAAAGUGUCUGUUUUCAGGUCGCGUGGCGCUCUAUGCGUUACGACGGUACCCUUCUGAACAGCUUGCGUCUUACGAAGCGAAGUUCCUGGAUUUAACUCUCAAGAAGGGUUUGCGAUAUGCUCAAGAUAUAAGUAAAGGAAUGAGAAGUAGUUGGACAGCUGUCGUUGCGGAACGAGGGCCUUUACAACAAUCAAGCGAUGCAAAUUGAAAACUCGCUACGGUCUAUAUCUGUCUAUCUGAUACGUCUCUUAAUCAAAUUCUACCGUAGGGUCCCAGGCGCAAGGAGAAUACUCUGAGGUCUCC